AUUUGCCCAUUUCUCACUAUUACCAACAUGUUGAUAUCCAAGUCGAAAAUUUCCUAGGAAUGUUAUGUGGAACCUGGUAUACAAACAAGUUUAUAAACACUGCCCUCGCGAAUCAUUUGAAUUGUGUGAUUGUGUUCAAUUUCAAACAAUUUGGCAUUGGUAUAUUACAUGAAUUAGAUAUCCAAUUUUCGCUUUCGUCUGUGGGACUUGUGACAUUAGUGCCAUUUUUGACAAGACGUAUCGGAGUUGAAGACUGCAGAACUUUUAUGAUUUUGAGCCGCUUAAGUGCAUGAAUGAUUUACGAGUUGAACAAUGACGACAGUUUUAAAAGAAGUUGGAAAAAUGUUAUCAUGAGAAGAAACUGCUGUGCAUUUACAUAAUCGAUAGAGAUAUAGCUCAUUUAGCCAUCAAAAUGUCUAGUGCAUUAAUGCAGCAGUUUGUGUCGGGGCUUAAGUCCCGUCAUCCAGAUGUUCGCUCGAAGUCGGCACGGGACUUGUACCACUAUGUAAAGACAGAAUUGCGGGAGGUGUCAGUGGAAGAGCUGACUGCUUUUAUGGAUGAAUUUAACCACCACAUCUUUGAGAUGGUAUCUGGCUCCGAUAUUAAUGAAAAGAAAGGAGGAAUUCUGGCUAUUGUAUGUUUAAUUGGAGCUGACGUUGGUAAUAUUAACACCCGUAGUAGAUUUGCAAAUUAUUUGCGGAAUCUCUUACCAUCAAACGAUGUUGGGGUGAUGGAAUUAGCUGCUCGGACAGUAGGCAAACUAGCUCUAGUGUCUGGCACUUAUGCAGCCGAGUAUGUGGAAUUUGAAGUGAAAAGGGCAUUUGAAUGGCUUGCUGGGGAUAGACAUGAAGGCAAGCGGCAUGCAGCGGUUCUUGUUCUGCGGGAAUUGGCGAUGUCAAUGCCAACAUUCUUCUUUCAAAACGUUCAACAAUUUUUUGAUUUAAUUUUCAAUGCUGUGAGAGACCCUAAGCCUGUCAUUCGUGAAGGUGCUGUGGAAGCUCUAAGAGCAGCAUUAGUUGUAACAGCACAGCGGGAGACUGCAAAACAAACACAGAAACCUACUUGGUACAAACAAUCAUAUGAUGAGGCAAUAAGUGGCUUGGAAGAAAUUGUUACUCGGGAGAAAGGAACAAGUCGUGAUGAUCGUGUUCAUGGGUCUUUACUGGUGCUGAAUGAGCUUUUGCGCUGUUCCAAUGCUGAAUGGGAGAGAGAGUAUGAAGAUCUGAUGACUCGCUUGCAAGUGCAAACAGGAGGACAUCCACAGGAAUCCAUGAGUCUUGUGCCAAGACUGAAGUCUCCCCAAGGAGGCAAAUCACCUCAGAACAGAGGUGUUGCAAGCCCUUCUGUGGUGGCAGCAGCAACUGCUAGUGCCAGCUCAGUGGCUGGGCUACCGGCUGGAGUCAACCAGCUGCCAUUGUAUGAAAGUGCUGCAUGUCGUCAGCUGAUGAUGGAUCACUUUGAUUCUCUUUGCACUGAUGUGUUGGCUCAGCGAAUAAGCCGACAUGCUCAUUUGCAGCAUGCCCUUCUUGCAAUCUUGCCAAGAAUUGCAGCUUUCAAUCGAGAAAAAUUUGUGAAGGCACAUCUUGGAGUAACAAUGCAGUAUUUAUUAGGGAGUCUACGUGGUCGUGAGAAGGAUCGAAGUGCUGCCUUUACUACAAUAGGAUUAAUUGCUGUUGCUGUUGGUACUGACAUCAAACCAUAUUUGCCUCGCGUUAUGGAAGUGGUCAGAGUAUCACUUCCACCAAAGGAUUCUCUGAGCAAAAAGCGUGGACCUGCUCUGGAGCCUGCAGUGCUGUUGUGUGUCACAUUUCUUGCAAUUGCUGUUGGCAGUCUUGUACAAAAUGAUGUUAGAGAUCUCCUGGAACCCAUGAUGGCAACUGGACUGAGCCCUGCUCUUACCAUUGCUCUUAAGGAAUUGGCCAAGUGGGUACCUUCAUUGCGCCGGGAAGUGAAUGAAGGGCUGUUGCGCAUGUUGUCACUCGUGCUAAUGCAGAAGCCCUUGAUGCUGACGAUGCAUCACCCAGGUGCCAUGAGUAGUGGCAGCACUGGUAGCUCUCCCUUCUCUGGUGGUGGCUCUGGCUCCUCUGGUCAUCACCGUCAUGGACUGGGAGGGCUGCCUGGAAGUCCUGGGGGUAACAGUGGUCUUGGCAGCAGUGGGAGUGCCGGCAGCACAGAGUCGAUGCAGGACUUGCCUUCAGUGGUACUAGCCUUACGCACUCUCGGUUCCUACAAUUUUGAAGGGCAUUCACUUAAUCAGUUUGUUCGUCGCUGUGCCGACCACUUCCUGAACAGUGAUCAGCAAGAAGUCCGUUUAGAAUCUGUCAGGACGUGCUGUUACUUACUGAGAAUCACUUUGGAAAAUGCAAAAAGUCGUAAAUCAGCCAUUGUAACAACAACUGUAGCUGAUGUGCUUUCCAAAGUCCUUGUUGUUGGAAUUACAGAUACAGAUGCAGAUGUACGUUAUUGUGUGCUGGAUUCAAUGGCAGAAAUAUUUGAUGGGCAUUUAGCUCAAGCAGAAAAUUUAGGUGCUCUCUUUGUUGCUCUGAAUGAUGAGGUUUUUGAAAUUCGUGAAUUAGCAAUUUGUACAAUUGGUCGACUUAGUGCUGUCAAUCCAGCUUAUGUGAUGCCAUCAUUGCGUAAAACUCUUAUUCAGUUGCUGGUGGAGUUAGAACAUAGCGGCACUGGCCGUAAUAAGGAACAAGGGGCACGCAUGUUGGACCACUUGGUGGUGAAUGCUCCUCGGCUAGUACGCCCGUACAUGGAGCCUAUUCUCAAGGUGCUGGUGCCCAAGCUGAGGGAGCAGGAGCCAAACCCAGGGGUUGUCAUCUCAGUCCUCACCUGCAUUGGAGACUUGGCUGAGGUUAAUGGGCGUGAAAUGGAACAGUGGCUACCUGAACUACUGGCUAUCCUUCUAGACAUGCUGGGUGAUGCCAGCUCUCCUGAGAAGCGUGGUGUUGCAUUAUGGGUGCUUGGCCAACUGGUUGAGGCAACUGGUCAUGUAGUGCAUCCUUAUGCUCAGUACCCAACCCUUCUGGAUGUGCUUAUGAAUUUUCUGAAAACAGAACAACAGCCACCAAUCAGACGUGAGACGAUUCGAGUCUUAGGACUACUAGGAGCAUUAGAUCCAUACAAACACAAAAUGAACCUUGGUCAAAUAGAUUCACAAGGUGAUACUACAUUAUUGUCAUUAUCUGACACCCGCACUGAAGCAGAAGCUAGUCAUGAAUUAACAACUAGUGAGAUGUUGGUGAAUAUGAGUUCCUCCACAUUAGAAGAAUAUUACCCAGCUAUUGCUAUUGCUACUUUAAUGAGAAUUAUUCGCGAUCCAACCCUUUCCCAACAUCAUACAAUGGUUGUGCAGGCUGUGACAUUUAUAUUUAAGUCCUUGGGUAUCAAGUGUGUACCAUACAUCUCGCAAGUUAUGCCUAGUUUCUUGAAUGUGGUGCGGCAAGCAGAUGUAAAUUUCCGUGAAUACCUUUUCCAACAAUUAGCUGUCCUUAUUGCCAUUGUCAAACAGCAUAUUCGUAACUAUUUGGAUGACAUCUUCACAUUAAUAAAGGAAUUCUGGACAACGAAUAGCCCUCUUCAAAGCACGCUAAUUCUCUUAGUGGAACACAUUGCGGUUGCUCUUGGAGCAGAGUUUAAGAUCUAUUUGCCUCAGCUGUUGCCUCAGAUCCUGAGGGUUUUCAUGCACGAUAUUAGUAAAGAUCGAAAUGUUACUGCAAAGCUAUUGCUUGCUCUGCAGAAGUUCGGCAGCAAUUUGGACGAUUAUCUUCAUCUUGUUCUUCCUCCAGUGGUUCGUUUAUUUGAUGCCGGUGGGGAUUGUCCUGUGGCUGUGAGUCGCAUUGCUCUAGAGACUGUGGACCACUUGGCAGAUACACUUGACUUCACUGAAUUUGCAUCACGCAUAGUUCACCCUCUUGUAAGAACAUUGGACACAUGCCCUGAACUGCGACCUACUGCUAUGGACACAUUGUGUGCUCUUGUUUCACAACUCGGUAGAAAGUACCAAAUUUUUAUUCCAUUGGUGCACAGAGUGCUGAUAAAACACAAGAUUAGUUGUUCAAGAUACGAAAUGCUAGCUGCCAAAAUUGUCACUCUACACGUGUCAGAAGCUAACCUCCAGCGUGCUUGGACUGCUACUAGAAGAGUCUCAAAAGAUGAUUGGCUUGAAUGGUUGCGAAGAUUUAGCAUUGAUUUACUAAAAGAGUCUCCGUCCCCUGCUCUAAGAUCAUGCUGGGCAUUAGCUCAGACAUAUUCACAGCUUCCUCGUGACCUGUUCAAUGCUGCAUUUGUGUCCUGUUGGACUGAGCUGGGGAAGAGUAAAGCCAUGCAGACUGAGCUCAUUGCAAGCUUAGAGCAAGCCCUCAUGGUGCCUGAUCUUCCUGAGAUCACACAAACCAUUCUCAACCUUGCAGAAUUUAUGGAGCAUUGUGAUCAGGGACCUUUGCCCUUGGACCCUCAGUUACUUGGAGAGCGUGCGAUGCACUGCCGUGCAUAUGCCAAAGCACUUCAUUAUAAAGAAGACGAAUUCCACCGAGAACCCAAUGCCCAGGUGUUUGAGGCACUCAUCUCUGUGAACAAUAAGUUGCAACAGAAAGAAGCUGCAGCUGGUUUGUUGGAGUACGUGAUGAAUCAUCAAGGAUCAGAGCUUCAAGUGCAAGAAAGAUGGUAUGAGAAAUUGCAUAACUGGGAGAAGGCUCUUGCAUCAUAUGAAGAACGCCUAAUGACAGGAUGUGAUGACUUGGAAGUGGUUUUGGGUCAGAUGCGCUGCAUGGAAGCUCUUGGUGAAUGGGGAAAAUUGAGUAAUGUGGCAGCUGUUAACUGGACCAAUGCUGGAGAUGAGGGUCGUCAAAAAAUGUCCCGGAUGGCUGCAGCCGCUGCAUGGGGUGUGGGUCAGUGGGACACCAUGGAGCAAUACGUCAACUGCAUUCCCCGCGAUACACAAGAUGGUGCUUUCUAUCGUGCUGUGCUGGCUGUUCAUCGGGAUGAGUUCUAUGCUGCACAGCAGCUUAUUGAUUCUGCUCGAGACCUGCUCGACACUGAAUUGACGGCCAUGGCAGGUGAGAGUUAUCAGAGAGCGUAUGGUGCCAUGGUAUCUGUACAGAUGUUAGCAGAGUUAGAGGAAGUGAUGCAGUACAAACUGGUACCUGAGCGUAGGCCAACCUUGCGGCGAAUGUGGUGGGAUCGCCUUCAGGGUUGCCAGAGAGUUGUGGAAGAUUGGCAAAGAAUUAUCCAAGUGCGAACCCUUGUAGUAACACCACAAGAAGACAUGUAUACUUGGCUGAAGUAUGCAUCACUGUGUCGGAAAUCUGGACGUUUAAUGCUGUCACAUAAGACCCUGGUUAUGUUGAUGGGUGCUGACCCAUCAGAGCGUCCUGAUCAACCUUUACCCACACUCCAUCCUCAAGUUACAUUUGCUUACACCAAACACAUGUGGAUGUCUGGUCAACGGGAGGAAGCGUACAGUCAGUUACAUCGAUUUGUGCAGACCUCACUCCACCCACAGACAUUGCAAUUGGCAGGGCAAGAGGAGGAGAAACAACAGGAAUUGAGACGCCGUUUAUUGGCAAGAUGCUACCUCAAGCUGGGCCAAUGGCAAGAGAGUCUCCAAGGAAUAAAUGAGCGCUCCAUCCCAGCAGUGUUGCAGUAUUAUGCUGCUGCAACUGAUCAUGAUACCACCUGGUACAAAGCAUGGCAUGCAUGGGCAUACAUGAACUUUGAGACAGUCCUUUUCUACAAACAGCAGCAAGUAACAGAAGGAGUGGCAGUUCCAUCAUCCAGUAGUCGGACAGGACAAUCUGAAGGCUCUCAAGGAAACCGGAACAUGACUAAUGCAUACAUCCAGCAAUUCACCGUCCCAGCUGUGGAAGGAUUUUUCCGAUCUAUUGCUCUCUCUCAUGGGUCCUCGUUACAAGACACUUUGCGACUUCUUACCCUGUGGUUUGACUACGGCCAAUGGUCAGAAGUAUAUGAUGCAAUCGCUGAAGGCCUGCGCACCAUAGAGAUUGAUACUUGGCUGCAGGUCAUUCCACAGUUAAUUGCACGAAUUGAUACACCACGUGCUUUGGUUGGUCGUCUGGUGCAUCAUCUCCUUGUUGACAUUGGCAAGCAUCAUCCUCAAGCUCUUGUGUACCCUCUGACAGUAGCCAGCAAAUCAGCCAGUGCAGCACGCCGGUCAGCUGCCAACAAGAUGUUAAAGAGCAUGUGCGAACACAGCCCAGUGCUGGUACAGCAAGCUGUCAUGGUCAGUGAUGAGCUCAUCCGUGUAGCCAUUCUAUGGCAUGAACUUUGGCAUGAAGGUUUAGAAGAAGCAAGUCGCCUCUAUUUCGGGGAACGCAAUGUUAAAGGAAUGUUUGAUACAUUGGAACCCCUCCAUGCAAUGUUAGAACGUGGGCCACAGACUCUAAAGGAGACCUCAUUUAAUCAGGCGUAUGGUCGUGAUUUGAUGGAAGCCCAAGAAUGGUGUCACAGGUACAAGGUGUCUGGUAAUGUCCGGGAUUUGAACCAGGCUUGGGACCUUUACUACCAUGUUUUCCGACGCAUCUCGAGACAGCUUCCUCAACUUACAUCCCUUGAACUGCAGUAUGUCAGUCCCAAACUUCUAAUGUGCCGGGACUUGGAACUUGCCGUUCCUGGGUCUUACGUUCCUGGCACUCCUGUUGUUCGAAUUGCUCACAUUCAGGCCUCUCUGCAAGUCAUCACAUCAAAGCAAAGACCUCGCAAAUUGUGCAUUCGAGGAAGUAAUGGUCGAGACUACAUGUUCUUGCUCAAGGGACAUGAAGAUCUAAGGCAAGAUGAGAGGGUUAUGCAGCUUUUUGGAUUGGUGAACACGCUUUUGUUAAAUGAUCCUGAUACAUUCCGUCGAAAUUUGACCAUUCAGCGUUAUGCAGUUAUUCCUCUGUCAACCAACAGUGGUCUUAUUGGUUGGGUCCCUCACUGUGAUACUCUACAUACUCUCAUUCGAGAUUAUCGCGAAAAGAAGAAAAUUUUGUUGAAUAUAGAACAUAGAAUAAUGCUGAGAAUGGCACCUGAUUAUGACCAUUUAACUCUAAUGCAGAAGGUUGAGGUCUUUGAACAUGCUUUGGAACACACGCAAGGAGAUGACUUGUCACGAUUAUUGUGGCUUAAGUCACCCUCUUCUGAAGUGUGGUUUGAUCGUCGAACUAACUAUACUCGUUCGUUGGCUGUCAUGUCUAUGGUAGGACAUCCCUCCAAUCUUAUGUUAGAUCGCCUGAGUGGUAAAAUUCUUCACAUCGAUUUUGGAGAUUGCUUUGAAGUAGCCAUGACACGGGAAAAAUUCCCUGAGAAGAUUCCAUUCAGGUUAACAAGAAUGCUCAUCAAUGCUAUGGAGGUAACUGGGAUCGAAGGAACAUAUCGGCGCACUUGUGAAUCUGUCAUGUCUGUGCUACAUCGCAACAAAGACAGCCUGAUGGCUGUGCUUGAGGCCUUUGUGUAUGAUCCAUUGCUGAAUUGGCGUCUGAUGGACCCCACGGGAGCUCCAAGAGGCGGGGGUGGUGGCAAGCAAGGCCAACGAGGCAAGGCUCCUGGCACGGCAGAGUCCAGCAUCUCCUCCUCAUCCCAGGAGCCUGGCGAGGGCCUGGAUAGUGUGGGUGGUGCUGGGGGUGCAGGAGGGGCUGCUGCGACAGGCAGCCUCAGUGCAACUCUGCCCAAGAAGGGAGUACCUUCAUCCAUUGAAAAUGGAGCAGAAAACAGCCAGCCUGAAGCAUUGAACAAAAAGGCUCUGGCUAUUAUUACCAGAGUGAGAGAGAAGUUGACCGGCCGAGAUUUCUCGCAUGAAGAAAUGUUGACUGUACAGAAGCAAGUCGAUUUACUUAUUCAGCAAGCCACUUCAAAUGAAAACCUCUGUCAGUGUUAUAUUGGAUGGUGCCCAUUUUGGUGAACAGUCUAGUCAAGUAUAGAUAAAAGAAUCAGAAAACAUGCAAGGUGAACUAAGGAAUUUGAUAUAAGAAGUUUUGUUUGGUUUGAGAUCAUGUUUGUUGUUAUAGUUUGGGCAGUUCAUUUUAAUUAUAAAUAUGGAACUUUUGGAUUAUAUCCAAAGAAAAAAUUAUUUUGUGUACAUAACUUCACAGUUUACACCUAAGUGAGGAUUUUUUUUCCAUCAGUGAUACUGUGAUACUGCAUAUAGUGAUAAAUGAAAGUGUGAUUGUUAACUUAUGCUCAAGUGCCACACCUGUCAUGCAUGUAGCUUCAUUGAGUUUUCUGUGAAUCUCUCUGAACAAGACUUGUUUCAUAUGGAGGUCAUGGUAAACAUUAAAUCUUUAUUUUGUGUAGUGUUUAAUUGCUGUUCCCAUGUAUUUUUGGAAGUAUGAAGAUAGCAUGCAUGCAGUAUUAUUGAAGCCCAUUCUGAAGAUGGGUGUUGCUAUUAUUAUUGUAGAGAAGAUUACUUUUUGCAGGCAAGGUAGAUUAAAAACAAAUGUCUUUCAAAAAGUAAAAUUUUUGGCUUUCUUUUAUAUUUUUUGUUUAAAGUCUAAAGAUGCUCUUGUAUAAACAUGUUUGAAACAAAUUUGUUAAUGCAGGAUUUUUAGAUGGUUUUGUGUGGUGUUGUGUGUUGCUGAAGGAAAUCUUCUGUUGUUACUUUUUUUAUGUUUUUAUUGUGUUUUUAUAAAAUUGUAUUGGAACAUGUAAACAUUUUUUUCAAAAUAAUUUUCUGAAUUGUUAAACAAUUAGGCUUCACUUGAAACAUUACUGAGAACACUUCAUUUACAUUAUAGUUUAUAGUUCCCUAUAAAAUGUUUGUUGACCUUAUAUAAUAGAGCACUGUACAUAGGAAAAUAAAUGUAAAAUACAUACUUGGAAACAAUAUUAAAUAGUAUUAAUUUCAUAUGAAAGAGAUCUCUCUGUCUUUUUUUUCUUAUUUAUUCUCCAGUUUGAGUCAAUGUGCAAAUGGACAGGAGAUAGAAGAGGUUGAAGAUUAUUCAAGCUGAUAAUUCUAAAAUGGUGCUAAAACUUAAGUUCAGUCAAAAUAUUCUGUGGAACAGUGCUUCAAAGCAUUGACUCUCCAAGAAGGAAAGCAUUACAAAUGGUCUUGUCUUUCUCUCUCUUUUUUAUUUUUAAAUUUAAAAUCUUCAGAACUCACAAUGUCUCUUAAAGUUAGUGUCCAUUGGCUGUGGACUUGUAUUUCUUUUUAUUUAAUUUCAAGGAUUUUCUUAUUCAAAUUACUAUUGUCAACUAUGCUAAUACUAUGUAACAAGUGAAUGAUAAUAAGGUAUCCGACUUGAGGUCUACUAAUCAACGAAUUAAGAAAAGUAUAGUUGGAGAAUUAUGAAAUUAUGAUGGAAGUAGAAUUACAUAAUGUACUUUAUUUCAAUUCAUCUAAUAUUAAAUAAACACAUGAAAACCACAUAAACCAAUGGUUUUACCUAAAUUUUCCAUGACGAAUGUAGUUUUGUCUUCCAUAGAAUUUUCAGUUAUUGGUAAUAAUACAUAUAACAUUACUGUAAAUAUAGAUUACAUAAAUUCAUGUGUUUUAUGUACAUAAAAUUUACUAUGGAUGUUUCAAAUUUUAUCUAUGAAAUGAUUAUAAUUUUGAAAUUAUCCAAAAGUAAGGAAACUUUCAAAUAUGAGUUUAAGAUGCUGGGAAGGCUUUGAUAACAGUGUACUGAAUAAUUAAGUGAAAGAAAAUUAUAGUACAUAAAAGUUAUAAUACAUUAAAAGUGAACCAAUUCUUUAAUAAAAUAAUAUUAAAACUAUGUAAUUUCCGUAAAAUUAAUCCUUUUCUUCUCUCUAAACAAUUGGAUAAUAAAUAGUCCAGGCAAUACCCGGAGGUGGCCAGGGGCUUGAUGCCAUUAGAUUCCGGGACUACUGUCAACCCCUAUGGUUGUUAAUCCUGUCAGGGUAGUAAUGUUUUAUCCUAGGAGAAGGUGGUAACGGUGUUCCAUGGAAGGCGAGCCAACCCCUAUAUGUUGGCUUGUGGGCAAUAAUCCAAUCCUAGGAGUCUCCUAGUGGGGCAGUGGCCCAGCCGGGACAAGUUAUUUUUUGUUUUAUGUUAUAUUAUCGUUUUGUGUACAGUUUCUGAAAUAAUGUUUAAAUACAAAAUUUUGUAAAACUAGGCAAUGUAAAAUUACCUCAGC